GUUAGAGGUACCUACAAGCACCAUCUUAGCUCGCGAUAGCUAUAACUCGCUCUCUCUCCUUGCUGCUCUCCCCCUGAUAUACCUCCCGCUCCACGCGCGUCUUGUUUCCGUGCACAUCGUGGAUCCAGCAGGUCCAAUUCGGCUAAGAUCAUGUCUUGAUCUGCUCUUGUUUCCUUUUCUCUUUUCCUAGGCCCUUGCAUUAUAGCAUACCUAUCUAAUAUACAGCGCCCUCUCUCCUUCGAUGGACGUGAUCUCCGACUCUCUAUGGGGUAAACUUGCCAUCGCCGGCCUCGUCCUCCUGCUGUCCGUGUCCGCGUUCGCGUUGACCAUGGGCGUCUUCCCCAGCAAAAACCACAUGCCCGUCGAGGGCAAGACCGUCCUCAUCACCGGAGCUUCCGAGGGCCUAGGCCGGAGCGUCGCCCGGCAGAUGGCCGCGAAGGGCGCCAACGUGAUCCUCGUCUCGCGCAGCGCCGCUAAGCUCGAGAGCGCUCUCGCCGAGGUCCGCGCCGCCGCCCGGGACCCGCAGGCCCAGCGCUUCCACUACCUCACCGCCGACGUCUCCCGGCCCGACUACGCCGUCCCGCUGCUCGCGGAGGCCGUCGCCUGGAACGGCGGCCGCGCCCCCGACGUCGUGUGGUGCGUCGCCGGCGUGUCCACGCCCGCACUCUGGAUCGAGACCCCGCUCGCGGCCACCCGCAGCCAGAUGGACGUCAACUUCUGGGGCAGCGCCGAGCUGGCCCACGCCGCGCUGCGGCUGUGGUGCGGCCCGGGCGCCGCCGCGGCCGACGAGCCGCCGCGCCACCUCGUCUUCACCUCGUCCGUGGUCGCCUUCUUCCCCGUGGUCGGCUACGGCCCCUACACGCCGGCCAAGGGCGCCCUGCGCGCGCUCGCCGACACCCUCGUCCAGGAGGUCGAGCUGUACCCGCAGAAGGUCCGCGUCCACGUCGUCUACCCGGGCUCCAUCUCGAGCCCCGGCUUCGAGAUCGAGAACCGCACCAAGCCCGAGAUCACCAAGAUCAUCGAGGACGGCGACCCCGUCCAGACCCCGGACGACGUCGCGGCCCUCGCCAUCGCCGGCCUCGAGCGCGGCUACUACUCCGUCACCGUCGCCUUCCUCGGCCACGCCAUGCGCUGGAGCGCCUUGGGCGGUGCCCCGAGGAACAGCUGGCUCGUCGACACUAUCAUGUCCUGCCUCGUCCCGCUGGCCUGGAUCUUCAUCCUCCCCGACAUAUUCGCCAAGAUCAGAAACUAUGCGAAGAAGCACGGCCACCCCGCCACCUAUCAGAACAAGAAUUGAAGGUCGCUAGAAUUGAACGGGACCCCGUCUUGUGCAUAUGUAUACUUGUAGACCUAGUCGAUCGAACCUAAUACUAUCCUGUCGAGCCUCUA